AUGAAGGUUACCAAUUCUAUUGCCUUGGCCGGCGCCCUCAUCGGCCUGACCAACGCUAACCCUGUCGUCAAGCGUGCACUUAGUGACGCUGAUAUUCUCAACUAUGCCUUGACUCUGGAGCAUCUCGAGGCCUCAUUUUACAAGGAAGGUCUCAAAAACUACACUCAGGCCGACUUUAUCAGUGCUGGAUUCGCAGACCCCUUCUACGCCAACCUGCAAGAAGUUGCCUCAGACGAAGUUGACCAUGUUGACUUCCUGACCAAAGCUCUGAGUGCUGCUGGCGCGAGUCCCGUUGCGGCGUGUACCUAUGAUUUUCCCUCUGUGGACGUGAAGAGCUUCCUGGCUGUGGCUAGUGUCCUCGAAGGAGUCGGAGUGAGCGCAUAUCUCGGUGCUGCAGCCAGUAUCACAAAUGGUGCAUACCUCACUGCUGCAGGUAGCAUUCUCACCGUUGAAGCACGACACAGCGCCUAUCUGCGUGCUGCCACCGGAGAGUCCCCUUACCCCCAGGCAUUCGAUAAUCCUCUCGACCCCAAUGAGGUCUACACCGUUGCUUCCCCAUUCAUUAUUUCAUGCCCAUCCAGCAAUGGCGUGCUCCCAGUUAAGGCAUUCCCAUCUAUUACCCUGACCUCCAACGGUACUAUCGUGGACGGGUCCAAGGUGCAGGUCGUGACUGGUAGCGGCUUUGAUGCCUCCAACGUCACCAGCCUGUCUGCUGCAUUUAUCACCGUGACUGGCCCCGUGUUCACUUCCUUGAAAUCUAACGGUGGUGGCAAGUUCACCGUGACUGUUCCCAGCGGCAUCUCAGGCCAAUCCUAUCUUGUCUUUACUAAGAGCAAUACUACGGCCACUGAUGACACAAUUGUCGCUGGCCCGGCGAUCAUUGAGGUUGGAAAGAAGUGGAACAUUUCUAUGUCUACAUCGUCCAAUGCUUCCGCUACUGCCUCUUCUCUAUCGUCUCCGAUCUUCACGGGAGCUUCCAUUCAAAUGACCGGAAGUGUGGUCGCUGUCUUGGGCGCUGCUUUGUUUUCUGCUGCCAUUAUAUUCUAA